AUGAACGUGAUGAAGGAGGUCAUCAUGAGCGGAAAGGAAUCAUCAGGGAGCAUAGCUUCAAGAGAGCUCGAAGAACUUCAAGGAACUGCCACUCAAACCAGGGAACUGAGUGAAAGACAGAAAGAAAUGGGAGCAUAUGUUGAAAUGCUGCAGCAGGACAAAGCCCACAGUCAGAAAAGCAUUGGAUCUACAUCAGCACAAAAUGGAACAUGGAAUUGGGAAUAUCAGAAAAUAGGAGAGAAUUACCCAGGAGACCAAGCUCUGUAUUGUAAAAUGUACCCUAAUUAUGAAUCCAGACUGAAUAAACGCUACUCUAUGAGUCUUCCCCAUAACACAUUCCACAAAGUUGUGCACAAUACAGACAUGGAAGCAGAGCCGAACUCACCUGUUGAUGUUCAUCCAAGACAUGAGAUAAUAUCCCCAGUGCUGAGAAAUGGUAAUGAGUUUGAGGAACUUAUUGACAGUCAAAAUUUGGACUGUGGAGACACUCUCAAAGAACUGAACCAAAAUCGACAUGCUCCCCGAGAAAGUGGUUUGGAAACCAGCUAUCUCACCACUGAGCCGGACAGCAAAAACAUUCAACAUUUGAAGGAAAAAUAUCAAGUCAAAAGACAGCAAACUGUUGUGGAAGUGCUGAAGUCUGAAAGACUGUAUGCAUUUUAUCUUUCACUGCUUGUGAAGACCAAUAUUUCCGUGAAGGGAAUGGGCAUGUCACUGAACUGCAAAAACCCAAGUAGCACCUUACCUAGUUCCCUGAGAACACUCACACAACUGCACAUCUCUCUGCUUUAUGCCUUGGAGGAGCGGGUGUACAGAUGGCAGUGGCAAGGCAUUGUGGGAGACAUAUUCAUGAAGCUGCUAAACAACCCUGAGGACAAGUUUUUGGACAAUUACAUCAUUUACCUGAAGGAGCUUCCUGAGUGUAUUUCUGUGCUUAACAUCAGCAGUGGAGAUUCUCUCAUACUUAACAGGCAACGCAAGGACAGCCCUUCUGAGUCCAGAACUGAUCUACUGGUGCUGCUUUUUCAGCCAAUUCAUCGUAUCCAGGAAUACAUUCUGCUUCUUCAGAACAUGCUAAGGCACACGGAACCAAACCAUCCCGAUUAUUACUUGCUGCCCAUAUGCAUCCAGCACUUUCAAAUCUUCCUUUCUCGAUACAGCCAUUUACUACAGUAUAAUGAGGAACUGCUCAAACAGAACAGAAAACACUUAACAAGGUGCAUGAUGACACAGGCACAACAGAGCAAGAUGAAAGGAAUGGAACAAAUUCAGAGCUUGAGGUUAGACAAAACACCCAGAAGACACCAAAGACUUGAUGAUCUGGACUACAGCCCACUUUACACCAGUGACCUUGAGCUAGAGUAUAAAUUACCACCAGUGACAGGUGCAUCAAAAACCGAGCCUCUCUGCGGGGAAACCAUAGACAAGUUCAACUUGAACAAAGCAAGAUCCCUCUUAAGUCAACCAGGUAACAGCUCAUACCUCACAAAUCCAAAAUGUUCCUCAGUGAACAAUGGAAAGAAUUUUUCUCCUGAUUCCCAGGAAUUAAUGUACGGAGCCUUGAGAGGAAAGGUCGGACACGAGUUACAGGAAACUCCAAUUCACUCUGAAGAUGCAGAAUCCAUUCAAGAUGCCUCUUUGUUUGAUCAGUUCUCAGUCAGAUCUUCUGAUUCCAGCUUGGACAUACAUUUCAUGAAAAGAUUAGACUACAAUUCCGCGAGUGAGUCUGAAACCAAUGAUUACUCUUCACAGCUCAUAUCCCCUCAUCCUGUCAGUCAAGAGGACCCCAAUAAGAUGUACCAGUACCAUUGCUAUGAAGCAGACUACGAUGUGCUUAAUGAAACAGAAUCAGAGAAUUAUUCCAGACCAGAUUUCACAAAUGCCCCAGUUGAAAAUCUGAAAUUUCCUGUCUCUUUAGUGUUAACCAACACCAGAAGCCCAUCACUGAAAGCCAAAGUGUCUGACCCACCUGAGAUGAUAGUAUCCAGGACGAGAAACUCCCAGAAAGAAAUCUCUUCCUCACACAGAUCUAAAGCUUCAGAUGCAUGGAUGGAAUCAGAAAAUGAUAAUUCUGUCAUGACCAUGAAAUUAGAAGAGCCAGACAAAUUCUACAAGAAGGAAGAAAAUAAGCAGACAGCUUUUAACGAACAAAGCAGGAAACAAGAACAAAAAGGAUUCAGAAACUCCUUCCGGAAGUUAUUCAGGAAGAAGUAA